GCUCUUCCGGCCGCGGCCCCGCCCCUUCCGCAUCCCUUCCCUUAAGGCCGGCACUGGAUGACGGUAACCAAACAAUGUCUGUACCACGUGGAGCUGUCCAUGCAAAAUGGAUAGUAGGAAAAGUCAUAGGAACCAAAAUGCAGAAGACCGCCAAAGUGAGAGUGACAAGGCUUGUGCUAGAUCCUUACCUACUAAAGUUCUUUAACAAGCGAAAAACCUAUUUUGCUCAUGACCCAUUGCAGCAGUGUGUUGUUGGAGACAUUGUUCUUCUAAAAGCUUUGCCUGAGCGGAGGAGCAAACACGUGAAACACGAACUGGCUGAAAUUGUUUUCAAGGUUGGAAAUGUCAUAGAUCCGAUAACAGGAAAGCCCUGUGCAGGAACCAGAUUCCUUGAAAAUCUGUCAGAUUCAGAAAAUCUGACAGAGGCAGAUACAAACUAUCUAAGUGAAAAACUCCAGGAACUUAAAGUUUGUUCAUCAGACAAAUAGCAGAGAGAAUAUUUAAACGGGUCUUUUCAGCUCAUCUCUGUCAGGGAUGUUUGGGGCCCUACUGCUUUAUGUUAAUUGUUUCAGUGAAAUUUGUAGUCAAAAUAAAUAGUAAACAUAGUUGCUUCUAGUAACAUGUUACAGAUUAAAAAUUUGAGGUGCCUAUCAAAUGAAAACAUGGAAAAUGUGAAUUGUUACACUUAUUGUUGCAUGUAGUUUUGCCCAAAGUCCUGGCAGUUGCAGAAAGCCAGCUGUUCACUUGGAAUGACUCUUUGGUAUUGAGAAAAACAUAAUUUUGUCUAAGUUCGGUGGGAGGGUCAUUAUAUUACUUGAUCUGUCUUUCAGGCAAUCUUUUGUGGCUUGUAGGCUUACUUAAACUAAUUCUAUUAAAGCGUUUGAAAGGAA